AUGGCAUCGAUUUACUCAAGACGUUUGCCGAGUCGAUGCAUCAGAGUCCUGGUCCUCCAACCUGGAGCUGGUCCCGACCCCAUCACUACGAACCUGCGAGAGGCAAGCAUUGAUGACCCACCUUCAUUUCAUGCCCUAUCAUAUGUCUGGGGCGAGCCGUCUCAGCGCGGAGAUAUUCGAUGUCAAGGCCAACAGGUUUCGGUCACAAAGAGUCUGUUCGACGCCCUUCGCCACUUUCGACUUCCCACCGAGGAGGUACUCAUCUGGGCCGACGCCCUUUGCAUCAACCAGGAUGAUAUGGAGGAACGGGCAGAGCAAGUCCAGCUGAUGCGCGACGUUUAUUCACGGGCGUCUCUUGUUGUUGUAUGGCUCGGUCUUGAUCAAGACAAUGAGACUGCGCGUGCUAUGCCGCUGAUGGAAGCGAUCUACCAUGCAUGCGAGGAUCAAGCCCUGGCUCGCGGGGUUGAGCUACUGAGCAUGGCUCACUUCACGAUUGCUACGGAGAAGAUGGAAGGUUUCGCUGGUGUCUCCAUCUCUAACAUCGCCUCGACCGCCCAACGUUUAAGCCUGCCGAAGCCCGACUCGAAGAGUUGGAAUGCCCUCAAGUGGCUCCUAUCAAGGACCUGGUUCACAAGGGUGUGGUGCGUCCAGGAGAUUGUGCUGGCACGUUCAUCUAGGGUUUAUGUCGGCUCUCACUCGUUCGAGUGGGAUAGGCUGGGCGUCACGGCCGCCUGGCUUAGCGAGCAGAAUCUUGCGAACGACUACGAUGUACCAUCUGAACUCGACGGAAUCGCCUGGGAAAAUGCAUACAGCAUGUUUGAUAAAAGCGAGCUUUCAGAGUUUAGCUUCCUUGAGAUUCUCUUGAGCUUUCGCGACUUCAACGCUACAAACCCCAGAGACAAGGUCUAUGGCUUACUGGGACUUAUCAAUGAGGCAACUCUCGAGGGGUUCGCUGGUGUUGACUACAGAAAGACUGUUGCAGAGGUCUACAUCGAUGUGGUGAAGGCCUCAGUAGCAAGCAGUGAAAGUCUUGCCCCUCUGUGCUAUGCUAAGCAUGGUGUUGAGUACGAGCGCACAGAAUUUCCGUCCUGGGUACCCCGGUGGGAUGUCAGCGAGGACGUCGGCAACAUUCUUCACAGCAUGUCGAUAACGGCGUGGGAAGAGGGAGAUAAACACGGUCUGCCAGGUCUUGUUGACUUUCAGUCUUCAACAGAUGGCAAGGUCCGUCUUUCUGGUGUGCGCUUCGAUACUAUUGCCUGGAUCACCGAGGUGUUUGACAUCAGUCAUUUCAAAGAGCACAUAUCCCCUGCCGAAGCCAAGACGCAUCCUUUCCUUGAGAUUUGGCACCGAGUGUCAUCGACGAAGUCUUACCCACUAUUCGGUUCAGAAGAUGCCCCAUUUGGGGCAGUCCUUGAGAUGGGACUGACACUCACCACCAACUUCACGGAAGGCUACGAGUUUGUGUUUGAUCUGGAGCCAGAUGACCGACAUCGGUUUUACGCGGACUAUCUUACUUACAUCAGGAAACUCUUCAGUGUUGCAGGAAAAACCCCUGAUACUUACGACCCUUUGGAGGUGGCACUCUGUGAGGGCGAUGCGGAUCGCUUUCGAAUCGCAGCGUCGAGAUCUUGCGACCAAAGACGCAUUUUUGAAACGGCCAGUGGCUUCUACGGACUAGCACCAGCCUGUGCAAAACCGGGCGAUGUUGUCGUUCUCCUUUAUGGUGGACCCAUUCCAUUCGUUCUCAGACAGACUGAAGAUGGUUGGAUCCUGCUUGGUGAUGCCUUCGUAGGGCCUCUGAUGCCAGAGUCGGAUAAUGAAAGCAUCAGGGAAAGGUUCGGCAAAGAAGAGCUGUUUAUUCUCGUAUGA